ACUGUUGUUGUCUAUAGCAAUGGGUAUAAUAGAGGCCAGGGAUGAACUUGGGAUGGCAGACUUCUUCGGACUCAUCACCAAACCGCCAGGGAAACUAGUCCACUCUUCUUCACUAAGGAAUCCAGGAGUCUUUGCGCAUCUCCGCCAUGCAGACCGCUCUGUGUGUGUUGCUACUGACCUGGGGCGCCUUUGCACUUCCACCCAGUCUCAAGGCCGCUAGGAGCUAUGCCGGGGAUGAGACGGAACUGAAUUCUCCCCUUGACUCGACUAAGGUUCUCCUGACGAAGGUCACCACUUUUAUGAACCGCAUUACCGAAUUGACGAAGAAUUCAGAGAGGCUGACACCCGCCGAAGCCAUGACUUUGCUGCCCGACUUCGUCGUGGAAGCCGUGAAACUUAGGGACGAACUCGAAGUGAAUCCCGUCAAAAGCGAGGACCCAGAGGCGGUGCAGAGAGUCAAGGACAUGAUCACAAUGUCACUCCACAUCUUCGCCCAGAAACACGACGGCCAGGGAGCCGCCCAGUCUGACGCCACCACCACCCAAGAACCAGAACCUCCCGCGGAAAUGACAGAGCAGCCAGAGGCUGUAGGGGAAGCAUCCACAGAUGACCCCAAGCCAGAGGUGACGACGAUUGUCGCACCUGCCGAGGAUGACGCCGAAGAAGAAGCCGAGGAAGAAAUGGUAGAGGCUAAGAAUGAAAUUUUGGAAGGUAAACCAGCACCAACACCAUUCCCAGUAAUUAGAAGACCAUUUGUACCCGUAAACAACCCCUUCUCAAACUCCCAGGCUUUCAGUUUCUCUAGUCCCAUUCGCAGCCACGUGCAAGGGCCCGCUCCUGUCAUCAAGCUGUUGCCAUCCGGAGGGUACUACGUUUACUACAACCAAGGAAGAUAAGACGAGCUCUCAUCCAUUCAUUUUCCCACUGGUAUUUAGAGAUCACUAAGCUUAAGAAGUGCAGCUCUGUACGUAAAGUGCAUCUGUAAAGAACAGGCUGAGGGGAGGCCGGUUCCAUUCAGUACAAGAAAGAAUUAAUGGGAAAAUAAAACAAUUUUGUAUAUUUCCUUUUAUCUAGUUAUACCUGUAGGUAUGUAUGAUUUUUCAUACUAUUCAUUAAAACAAAUUGAGAUAAAAUGGCAAAUUAUUAAAAAUCAGGUAGAAUAUUGUAUAAUUUUCUAUGCUACCUGAACCAACUUUCAAACUAAAUAAGCACAUAUACAGUUUGAAACCUUAUAUAUUAAGUUGAGUUUCAUAACCAUCAGAAUUUGAGGAUGUAGCCCCGUAAUAUUUCGUUUAGUCACGCCAUACCAAACAAACAUACACAAGCAGGCUAAAUAAAAACUUUUAAAAAAGGACAUUUUGUGAAUGAACUGGUGAUAACAUCAAUAAAAAUGAAUUAACUGACUAACUUACUGAUCAUAAACAGUUUUUAGAGCUAAGAAAGUUAUGUCAGUUCAGAAUGUGAUUAUUAGUAAGGAUAGUAAGUAAUAAUCACAUAACUGAUUAACUUGGGUCUGGAAAACGCCCAAUGAGGAAUUCACAACACACACACACACACACAAUUUGAGUGUGGUAGAAUAUUCCUGAGAUUAUUUUUUCUUUUGGAAAGAUAGCUGAAAUAUAUUCUGAAAUGUUUACAAGCUGGAAUGGAAACCAUAUCACUUGCAGUAUUAUGAGUAAAUUAUUAUACAAUAA